AUGGACGUCCCAGAGCCGGAACAGUCGCCGUUUACGGCCGUGUCUGCACAAACCUCCAAACUUCAUAGGCAAUACCAAGCUUAUCUGGACGCGUCAACACCCUACACGACUUAUCGGUGGGUGGGCACCGGAGUACUCCUGUUCAUUUUCUUCUUGCGCAUUGUCUUCGCGCAGGGGUGGUAUAUCGUCGCAUACACCCUCGGUAUUUACCUCUUGAACCUUUUCCUCGCCUUCCUCUCUCCGCGAUUCGACCCGUCCCUCACCCAGGAUGAGGGCCUGGAGGACGGCGAUGCUGGUAGCAGCCUUCCCACCAAGAACGAUGACGAAUUCCGUCCGUUCAUUCGUCGCCUCCCAGAAUUCAAGUUCUGGCACAAAGCCACAGUUGCCAUCGCCAUUGGAUUCCUUUGCUCGUGGUUCGAGAUUUUUGACAUUCCCGUGUUCUGGCCAGUCCUGGUGGUCUACUGGCUCGUUCUCUUUUUCCUGACGAUGCGACGACAGAUCCAGCACAUGAUCAAGUACCGCUACGUCCCUUUCUCCUUCGGUAAGGCGAGAUACGGCCGCAAGUAA